CAAGAAAGGGGGAAGCGCCAAUCCAGUUGCUCAGACUAUUUGAUUGGCUUCCCUCUUUCUUAUCUUAUAAUCCAAUCGGAGGCUUUGUUUACAAAUCUUUUGUGAAUUUCAACUUGCAAUUUGUUUGGGUCGGUUGCAAAUUGCUCAGAGCAAUCUGGCUAUCAAAAUUGCAAUAUUGUGGGACAAUAUGUCAAUAUUCAAUGCAAUGUUGCUCGCAAGAGAACAUCCGGUUUGACUGUAACCUGAACAAAUUUCGCUUUCCCUUGGACCCUUGGUCAAAUUUGCCCUGCAAAACACUGUACCAAUUUCAUAGAGACGUAAUAUAUGCUAAUAUAUACACAACACGUGUUCAUCACCAGUCUUCGUGGCAUAAUUUGGCCCCCGGCCACGUGUAACGUGGCUGAUAAGUGACACAAAUAUUGACGGAAACAAAUCAAGUGUGACUUUUAGCGAUAAGCUGAUAACGCAUUUGUCCUCGUUUUAAACUGUUCCAGAGGUUGUUUAAAGAGAAAUAAUGGCUUUCCUAGUUGUUUUACAGUGCUUUGCUGUAGUCGUUUCGUGUGUACACGGUCUUGUUCCAAACGAAAUCGUAAUUGAAACAGAGCAUAAAAUUGUUGUCCGCAGUACACCGUCACUUGAUCCAGCCGAAGAACUUCUGGAGAAAUUUGGGAAUGAAAAUCAAAUGAAUCUUACAGAUAUGGAGUCGUUGUUUCAGAGCAUUGGUUUGGCAGUUUUAAACGAGAAAGACAAACAAGGGAAAAGCCCUGAUGCACAGGUAUAUUGCCGUUUUUAAGAGUUGUAAAUUUUAAAGAGUUCGUGGCCUCUAUUGGGGGCUGUAUUAAAUGUUUGCUAUUACGUAGCUAUAAUGUUCAGUGUGUACAAUUUGCUAUAUAAAUGUUCAGUAUCUGAAGUUACUCAUUGAAAAUACAAACAAAGUUUGUAUAUUUCCAAGCACAUUAGGUUGGGCGAAUAAAGGUGAAUGACUUUUAUUUCAAAGCUGCAUAUUUGUUUAUGAUAGCUGCGGUGCUGGUAUUGACUAUUGACCUUGUGACCUGUAUACAGUAUUUGACGCUAUCAAGACUUUUAUCUUGAACAAGAAUAAUUGGUGUUGAACACAAUACUAUAGCAAGGACAGCUCGCACAUUGAGGGUUCGCAAAAGGCAGAUAGUUCACUCAUUGAUGCCGAAUAGUUUUGAUAGGUGAAAUACAUUUGUCUGGUGUUAGACAGAGUGCGUCAAGUGUUUGAGGGAGUUGUGUGAAGUGUUUAUACAUGUACAAUAUUUCCGAGUGUUGUAAUUAGUCUCAGUGGUUGGUUUUGUGAGUUCCUGUUGAAACACCUAGAAAAUAGUUGAUCAGUGGGGUGUAGUGAUCUCAUUGGGCAUGAUUCCAGAAAACACCCAUGUACCCGCCCCCUCACACUUAGUCACUUACUAUAUUAUCAGAAACUAAUUUUUCUCUCCUCCCCCUCCAGAUGGCAGAAAUUUUCUCCGUUGGGGGGGGGGCAAAUCUUUGACGGCACGUUUUCUAUUAUUUUGAAAGCUUUGGAUUGAUAGGGACGUUUUCUAUUAUUUUCUAUUUCUUCCAAAUGCGAUGAAAAAUUGUCAGCUCUGCUACGCUGCCAUUUUUGGGUGGCUUUCCAGCCGAAGUCUGCGAGAUAAGUCCACAAUGACAUAACAGCGACUUUAUAAUUUUUUUGACAAAUGAUGGUAAAUUUGCUUUGUAAAUGGUUAGUUUAUUUUGAAGAUGCUUUUCACAUUGUUUUAAUUGUCUGCAUUGGUUAACGAGAAUUAGAUGCCACCCGAAAAUGGUGGAUAUUCGUCAUCGUUAGAAAGGCCAAUUGUGCCAUGUUAUCUAUUUAGGCAUGUUUUACAAGCCAACAUUUUUAUGGCAUGUACUCCAGAAAUGACGGCAACAUCAACAAGACUGAUCUGAUGGCACUGUGUCCUGCUGUAUUGUAUCAGAUGACAAAACAGCAAUGUCAUGCCGAGGAGAAGAAGGUCGUCGACGACGAGGAGGACACUGGCAAAGAGAACCCUACCAGAGGUAGAAACUUGCAAAACGUUUGCAUCUGAAAUGAUAGCUUGUUGUGUGUCAUAUUAUCAAAUGCACUUUGCAUUAAGUAUUAUGCAUGUACCUAAUUACUUACUGAACCUAGUAGACUAUUUUAUCUUUACAACAGUUGUGAUAUUACUUUCUUAACUGAGUUUAUCCUAAGGCGUAAAAAAAAUACCUGUGGCUCCGGUUCCCGACCGACCCUAUUUUUUUCUGCUGACCCUGUUAUUUUUCAACGGCUAUAUUUCCGACCUACCGACCCUAAUUUUUUAACAAUAUGAAACCGGAACCACAGGUAUCUGACGACAAAGUGUUUCUACCAUUGUAUAUUUUUAUUCUACCGUAUAUCAUCACAUUAUUUUAUCUAAACGUAAUAUUUUUAGCAUGGGGAUAUGGAUUUCUGUUUGUCACCAUCAUCAGUCUUGGUUCAUUGAUUGGUGCUUUUGUUGUCCCGCUGAUGGACAAACCAUUCUACAAGAAGACGUUAAUGUGCAUGGUAUCACUGGCUGUUGGUGUUCUCGGUGGCAGUGGCGUGUUUCAUCUGAUUCCAAGUGUAAGACAACUUUAAAUUAUCCAUAAUUUACCGUAACCGUAGAGUUGGUGAACAUAAUGUACUUAGUGUUUUUAAGGCAGAAAUUUUAGGGCACCUGUUGAGAAGUGCCCAACUUUGCAGUCUGGACUGUAACAGAUAAAAUCAUUGUCAUUUCACCACAAAAGCAAUGUACUUAUAUUUAUCAUUUAUUCUUUAGGCAUUGGGUUUUCCAUUCGAUGAUGAUGAUCACAGUUAUCUGUGGAAAUGUUGCAUGGUAUUUCUAGGAUUAUAUAUAUUCUUUGUUCUUGAGUGUACCAUGAAACUGUAUAUCAGAUUUAAAGAAAUGGACAAAAAAGAGGUAAACUAACUUUAUUUAUACUGGAUAGCUCUAGAUCAGUUCUAAACUGUUCUUCUUGGAGAUCCAGUAAGGAUCAUCUCUUAUUGAACCUGUGUUACUACAAGAGGAAACCUAAACUAAACUAACUUUAUUUAUACUGGAUAACCCUAUCAGUUCUAAACUGUUCUCCCUGGAGGUCCAGUAAGAGUCAUCUCUUAUUGAUCCAGUGUACUUAGUAUACCUAAUGUUAAAAACUCUUGUUUGCUGGAGUCAAAUUUAUAAUUAACGCUUUAGUGGCAAUGUGCCUGUCUUAUGCCAAACGAUUUUACUCAUCAAGGAGAAAGUGCUGGCAUUCAAUGGGUUAAUGUUUCUUUCAGCGUGCUACAUUAGCCAUGGUUGCCUCUGAUGAAAAACCUGCGACAAACGGUGGUGAAGUACAUUCUAUUGGUAUAGCCGACAGCCACACUCAUAAUGGUCAUGGACACAGUCAUAAUGGAGGGCCGACAUUUCCUAUUGUUGUUGUUAAAAACAACGCCACCAUUGACAGUAAAACUGAACUAACUAGUGAAAACAGUCGAACAGAUCUGACCAAUGAGAAUGCUUCAACAGAACAAAUCAAUGUUUCUGAGAAGCAUUCUGAGAAGCGAGCGAUUGCAACAGUUGCUUGGAUGAUUAUCAUUGGAGACGGCCUACACAACUUUAUUGAUGGUCUGGCAAUUGGAGCAUCGUUUAGUGGUUCAGUUGUUAUAGGGAUCAGUACUUCGUUAGCUGUGAUUUGUGAAGAACUGCCGCAUGAGUUAGGUAAAGCAGUCUAUGAUAAUUCCCUGCUACUCCAAGACUAUUAAUCCAGUGUGCCCUACUUAUUUUUUUUACUUGUCUAUUUAUGCCAGAUGACCAGCUCUGCAGCUUAAUGGUUAACCAAAAAAUCUGACAAUGUCCCUAGUUAACCCAUUGAGCCCCAGUGCGCUAUACAUAUUUUUUUUACUUGUCUAACGCCAGACAAUUUUACUCCUCAAUGGUUUACAAAUUAAAUUAGCACUCGUGUAAACCCAAAAUAUUUCAAAUAGAGCAAAGAAAUUUCAACAAAAAGCAUUUGAAUUUACUGUUUUGAGACAUGAGAUUUUUGGUUUACAAACGGUACAAAAAAUAAGGCUUUGUGUUCAAACGAAACUGCCAAGCGCUCCGUUUUCAUCUUGCUUCGUUUAGAAACCAUGCUCAAUUGUUAUGUCAAACGUUUUCAAACAAUUUUCAUUGCUUUUAUGUUUCCAGGUGACUUUGCAAUCCUGCUAAACUCUGGUCUAACAUACAAGCAAGCCAUGUUGGCCAACUUCCUGUCAGCAUGUUCUUGUUAUGUUGGGCUGGCGAUUGGUCUGGUGUUGGGAUAUGCCACUCAUGCUGUCAAGUAUAUAUAUGGCAUUGCUGGAGGAAUGUUUUUGUAUAUAUCUUUAGUUGACAUGGUAAGUACAGAUUCAAUUAAUAUUGUAGAGAUCUUAAAUGUGGUGGUCCAGUGUAGGUAGUAUUCUACAAUUAGCUGCCGUGGUUUGUGUCUGAACUACCUGAAAAAGGUAUCUCAAACGUGGUGGUCCAGUGUAGGUAUGUAUUAGUACAUUCUACAAUUAGCUGCCGUGAUUUGUGUCUGAACUACCUGAAAAGAUAUUUCAAACAUGGUGGUUCAGUGCAGGUAGUAUUAUUCUACAAUAAGCUGCAUGCCGUGGUUUAUUAGUGUGAACUACCUGAAAAAGAUAUUUCAAACGUGGUGGUCCAGUGUAUGUAGUAUUCUACAAUAAGCUGUCGUGGUUUGUGUCUGAACUACCUGAAAAGAUAUCUCAAACGUGGUGGUUCAGUGUAGAUAGUAUUCUACAAUAAGCUGUCGUGGUUUGUGUCUGAACUACCUGAAAAAGAUAUCUCAAACGUGGUGGUCCAGUGUAGGUAGUAUUCUACAAUAAGCUGCCAUAGUUUGUUUAUGAAUUAUGUGAAAAAGACAACAUGGUUGUCAUUAUUGCUAUAGCCUGCGUGGCAGGCGGUAUUUCAACAGGCAGUGAAAAUUAGGAUAACUUUUUUAGUGUAGUGACUUUUUUGUGUAGUCAGACUUUAUUUUAGAGUGUAAUUGAUUAUUUAAUUUAAUAUUUAGCACAGCUCCUCCAUUGAUAAUUAUUAACAUUAUGUUUUUAAUAUAUAUUAUAUACUGAAGGAGUAUACCUGUUAAAAUAUUGUUAAUAAUAAUAAUGAAAUCAAAUUUAUUUCUUCUAGUUACCAGAAGCUCUAGAGAUGGCAUAUUUAUUGAGUGGAAAUUCAAAAUCCAAGUCAAUCAAAAUGUUGUGUAUGGUAAAUUUAGCUAUAAUUUUUGGAUUCUGUGUCAUGCUUGUGAUUGCGUUGUAUGGAACCUCCAUAGAGUUGUAAGCUAGCUUACUGCUGAAAGGUGGGAAGACCUCCACGCACAUCUAUUCAGUCAGGGUAUCACAGAUCUGUGCAUUGAUGAUUUACAUCCACUCCAUCAGGCUAUCACAGAUUGUAGAUCUGUGCAUUGAUGAUUUUUGUAAAAUUUUUUAGUUUUGUAAACUAAGUUUUUGCCAAGUGAACCUAGUGAACUCAUUUUAUGAUGCUAGAUAAUUUAUUGCAAAGUUUGUGCUAUAUUUAAAUGCUGUAUUUUCUGUCAGUAAAAAUGAAAUGUGUGUUUGUAAUCUGUGUUUGGUUUAGUCCAUUAGAUCUGCAGCCAACUUUAUUAUUUUACCAUUCAGUGAUCAGACUGUUCCAUAUAUAUUAAUUAGAUGUAAUAUAACAAAUGUGCUACAAUGUGACGCCAUAGGUUUAAGUAGUUAAUAUGUAUGGAUUGUGUAAAAUGGUAUCUCAGUUAUGUGACAUGUAAUUUGUUGUUCUGUUUGAUCAUGUAGAGAUAGAUGUAUUCAGUUAGUUUUUUAUUUAUUAUAUAUUGUAGUUAGUUUCAUGUGCUCAACCACAUCCGCUAUGCUGUAAAUUUACUAUCGUGUUUAAAUAAAUGCUUUUAUUAUUA